AUGGAUCACGUUUGGAUACUUUUUGAUGUUAACCCACAGCUGCUUUACCAGUUUUUUAACAUCCCAAUUGCUUUACUGUUCUACUGUUUCGCUAGACAAGGACAUCUCUCAAUUGUAAACAGGUUUAUCUGUUUGACACUGGGAGGUAUCAUCUUGGCCGUUGUAACAAUGGGUCCAUACAGCUUAUUGCUGUUCUUCAGUGCUGUACUUUUCCUGCUGCUGAUCCACUGUCUAGAACCAACACAUAUUCACCGGUGGACUUUAGGGCUGCAGAUGUGUUGGCAAACGUUCUGGCAUUUGUAUAUCCAGUACCAGCAAUAUUGGCUACAAGAGACACCAAACUCCAGGCUUUUACUGGCCAUGUCUGCUCUCAUGUUGAUGACCCAGAGGAUUUCCUCUCUAUCACUGGAUCUGCAGGAGGGAACAGUCACCUGUCACUUUCAAAUAACCCAUCGGCAUCAAGCCGCCAUUAUUCCAUUAAGUUACUUGCUCUAUUUUUCUGCACUCCUUGGAGGACCACUUUGCAAUUUCAACACCUUUGUUGAGUCUGUUAGGCAACUGAACAUGGCUCCAACCUUGGCUUCUUCUUUGGGUAAUCUUUCUCUAAAAAUUUCGCAAGUUUUAGUUUUGGUGUGGCUCAAAUAUCCUCUUCAUGAGUUCUUACAAUCAACUACAUUCAAAGUAUACAGUCCUUGUGUUUUUCGAGAUAUAUUAUGGAUCUGGAUGCUGUCACUGCUACUUAAGAUAAAUUAUUAUGCACACUGGAAAGUAAGUGAGUGUGUUAACAAUGCGGUAGGCUUGGGUCUCCAUGGUUACAGUCACACAGGAAAUACAUCAUGGGAAGGGCUUUCUGAUGGCAAUCCAUGGGUGACUGAAAUGUCGAGUCGUCCUUCAAUGUUUGCACGUCAGUGGAACAGAACCACAGCUGCGUGGCUUCGAAGAAUGGUCUUCGAAAGGUACAACAGAUCUCCACUGUUCUUGACCUUUGGGUUUUCAGCUUGGUGGCAUGGCCUUCAUCCAGGUCAAAUUGUGGGAUUUCUCAUCUGGGCUGUCACCAUACAGGGGGAUUACAAGCUGCAUCGCUUCCUGCAGCCAAGACUUACCUCCCCCUGGAGGAAAUUGCUGUACACGUGCCUAAACUGGGUCUUUACUCAACUGACCAUUUCAUGUGUGGUUGUUUGUGUAGAGCUUCAGAGUUUAUUGCCAGUGAAACUUCUGUCUUCUUCAUAUAUUGCUGUAUUUCCACUACUAAGUGUUCUGUUCAUUAUGAUACUGUAA